CGUUUGAUGAGUUCGGAGGAUGUGUUGCAUCAGUCUUCGGGGGCGUGGAGGAGACACAAGAGGAUAAAUAGAGACGAGAGACACAGCAGACACAUCAGCCUGAGAGCCGAAGAAUCACAGAGCUCCAGACCCUCCAGACCUCCAGAUCCUCCAGACCUCCAGAUCCUCCAGACCUCCAGACCCUCCAGACCUCCAGUCCUCCAGACCUUCCAGUCCUCCAGACAUCCAGACCCUGCCGACCCUCCAGACGGUGCUGUUGGUCAUGAAGCCGGCUCUGCUCCUCCUGCUGGCAGUUGCUGCCAGCCAGGUGGACCUGAUCGAGUCUGAGAAAAUCAGUUUUGACGGUGAUGAUACGAUUGUGAACCACAGCAACUGUACCGUCACUUAUUAUGGAAAAACAUACAAAGCAGUAAAGGUGACUCUGAAGCCGACAUUUUCAGUCUGUUUCAUUGAGAACGGCGUUGUGUCAGAGGACUGUCUGAAGCCGACAUCAUCAUUUGGAGUACAGUCUGUAUUGAUUGAAAUCACCUAUAAUCUAAAUGUCGAUGUCAGUAAUCAACUACAAUACAUCACAUCACCCUAUACCUGCUCUAUUACUUUUUCCCCGAGCACCUCGACUUCGCGCUUGAUGGAUAUAAAAUUGUUUGACAUUCCAGUGUUAUACUUCUCUCCAGUCGACGGUUUGACUAAACUGAGCGCAGAAUCAACCCAAGGAACGAUUGAUACUUUCAGCAAAAGUGAUAAAUUUCAAGGUCUACCAGGAUGCAGAAUAUCAGGUGUUGCUGUAAAGGGAGGAUCAAAACUUUCCAACCCAGAGACCUGCACGUCAUCAAUCUGUGCUUUCUCUGGAAACGUCAAGCAGGUCGAUAAAUGUGGACCCAUGGAGGAGUGCACCGGCAACAACAUCUGCACUCCAAUCCCGGUGAUGUGCACGGUGACGGGCUCCACGGUGAUCGGUGUCUCCGGCGCAGUGCACUCGGUCCAGGAUCGCUGUGCGUACAGUCUGAUGAAGCCUGAAGGAAGCGCCAGUUUCAACCUCAUAGCGCGUUUCCGGGAGCGCCGGCGUACAGAUGUUCCUCUUCUGGACCACCUGAUCCUGUCGCUGCCAGGUGUGACCAUGUAUCUGGAACAAGGAGGGAGAGUUCGGGCUGGUGAGAAAGCUCUGGUGCUCGGCAGCACGGCUCAGCAGCAUCACGGCGUGGAGCUCUCCACGGACCAGACUGGAGUCACUGCCAAGAUACUGAGCUCAAAUGUGACUGUCUGUUUUGAUGGCAACAGCGCACAUGUUACAGGAUUUGCUGAAGCUUUGGAAGGUUUGUGUGGCAACCCCAUGAUAUCCAACUCGACCACUACACCGAGCGCAGAGAAGUCCUCUUCCUACAGCCCCUCUGGCUGUGAGACUCAGUACCAGGACUUAGUCAACGUCACCAUCAACUGCAACCGCUCAACUGACCACUGUAAUCUCAUGAGGCAGCCUCCCUUCUCCGCCUGUCACAACCACACUGACCCAGAGCCGUACAUCAGCGCCUGCACACACACUUUGUGCAGAUACCCGUCAGAGGACGGUGUCGACUGCCAGUUUCUGGAGGCUUACGCCAAGGCCUGCAGCCUGGAAGCCAACGUCACGCUGGUGGACUGGAUGUCAGCGGCCGGCUGCUCCCCCCCCCCUCUCUGUCAGCAGCCUUGCAGUGAUCAUGAGUUCUGCGGAGACGAGCUCGGUUCGAGCCGCUGCUUCUGUCGGGGUCUGUUCGCCUCCAAGUACAGAGCCACGCAGUCUUUAGGCGAUCCGACGGUCUGCAGCCAGGGCUCGGCCUCUGUGACUCUGGCUGGAUGUCUGCUGGACGACAAAGGCAUCGACUUCUCCACCUUACACCUCAACGACCCCAGCUGCAAGGGCCACAUGGACAACCAGAGCCACCUGGUGACCUUCAGCUUCAACAGCAGCACCCCCUGUGGGACGGAGGUCGUGAAAAACAGCAGCCAGAUCAUCUACAAGAACACCAUCAUGUUGAAGAGCAACUCAUCAGGCAGCAUCAUCACCCGCAGCGACCAGGUCCACAUCGACUUCUCCUGCCUGUACACACAGCCAGAGGUCAAGAGUGUGUCCUUCAGGAUCAGAGACAGCUCUGUGGUGCAGCAGAUUGUAUCUGGAGUGUGGAAUUACACUCUGACAAUGAACGCCUUCACCGACGCCGGCCUCCUGCAGCCUGUCGGGCCGAACACGGAGGUCCGGCUGAACCAGAAGAUCUGGCUGCAGCUGGCAGCGGGGGGGCUGGACGCCAACAUGGUCACCAUGGUGACAGACUCCUGCUGGGCAACCAAUAAGCCUUCACCUGACGACAAUCUGCGAUACAACCUCAUCAUCAAAGGAUGUCCGAACCCUGCUGAUGAUACGGUGCGCAUGCAGGGAAACGGACGGGGAACGUCCAGCGUUCUUUCUUUCGACAUGUUCGAGUUCUCUGGAGCAACUAGUGAAAUCUACCUGCAUUGCAAACUGGAGCUGUGCCCCACACAGAGCCAGGCCUGCGUUCCGAGCUGUGGCAGAGCUGCUAGCAGGAGGCGCAGAUCUGCUAGAUUUGUGGAGGGAAGCGCUGCCCUCAUCUCUUUGGCCUGGACUGACUAAAGAGCGUUACAUGCUGUUUCCUGUCGGGGCCCCGAUAGGCAACAGGAAAUCUGCUGAAGGUCGUGUUGCUGUGAAACAGAGCCGGCACAUUCUCUUCAUCUGAGAUAUUCCUGAUGAGUUUCUAGCGUCUUUUUGCACUAUUAUAUAUAUAUAGUUCCUUCUUUAUUCUAUGAUCUACCUUUGUUAGAUGUGCACAGCCUGAAAGCUACCCAGAAACAGAGCUACUGUACGCUGCUGAACCACUCUUAGGAUUUAUCACGAUCAACAAAACAAGUUGGAACUGAUGUCAUCCCACAUCUCGUGCAACAUCAAAAUGAGAUGAAGAAAAGCAGCAUCUUUAGUGAGAUAAUGGAAGAGAAGCGUCCAAUGAAGUAAAAUCAUUCAAAUGGGGUUAAAAGGGUGGAAUUGACUGUGUGCACCAUACAUUUAUCUUUAUCAUUUCUGCACAGCCUGAAUGCUGCCCAGAAUCAGACCUCCUGGUUCAGCGAGAGAAGGGAAACACUGAAGUGAGGGAGAAACCUGAAAUGUGGAUUACUGUCAGGCUGAAGAGCGAUGAAGACGUUCAGUCAGGAGUGUAUUUACACACGGCACGCUGUUGUACCAUUCUUAAUAUUUAUCACUAUCAGCAAAACAAAGACAAAAAACACAA